AUGUUCCACAAUUCAAGGCUAGGGCCAAUUAAAUCUCUCCUGAACACCACAUUCGGCGGAAAGGAUUCCAUAACCAUGGCGAUAGUAUCACCCUUAUGCCGCACAAUAUUGUAUAGGGCGGGAUAUUGUUCCUGGAGAGUGGCAGUGCCUAGCCACUUAUCCUCCCAGAACCUAACCUUUGAUCCGUCCUUAAUGAGGUCAGAGGUUUCGUUGAGGAUCAAAGCAGAGAAACUGAAGGAGGACAUCUAUGUAUUCAAUAACUUCAGAGGUAAAGAUGGGUGCUUCAGGAAGGACAUAACAAAUGAGCCAAAGGGAUUGUUAAGUUUGUACAACGCUGCUUACCUUUUUGUUCAUAAUGAGCCGGAGCUCGAAGAAGCCAUUUCCUUCGCCAGACAUCAUCUUAAAGUAAUUAGGGGCAGUCUCAACUCCCCUUUAGCCGAGCAAGUCAAACGAGCUCUUCAGGUACCACUUCCAAGGACCUCUAGAAGGGUGGAAACAUUGCACUACUUGUCGGAAUACAGAAAAGAGAAGGACUAUAAACCUCUUAUACUUGAGCUCGCACAGCUGGAUUUUACCCUUCUGCGGCAUGUCCAGCUAAUGGAGCUCAAAGAUAUUAGCGAGUGGUGGAAUAACCUGAAGAGCAUCUGUGGAUUAACCUAUGUGCGUGAUCGUAUUGUGGAGGCUUACUUGUGGUCUCACACAGUGUUCUAUGAGCAAAGUUGUGCACGCGCAAGGAUGAUCAAGGCCAAGUUAAUUACACUAAUCACCAUACUGGAUGAUACAUAUGAUGUACAUGCCACCAUAGAGGAAUGUAGGCUGCUAAAUGCAGCCAUUCAAAGAUGGGAUGAGAGUGCCAUUUCUGACGUACCAGAGUACCUGAAAAUGUUCUAUAGAGAAUUGCUAAGAAACUUUCGGAUGUUUGAGGGAGAAGUGGCAAUAGUUGACAAGUACCGGAUUGACUACACGAAGAAAGCGCUCCAAAAUCAGUCUGCUUAUUAUCUCCAAGAAGCUGAAUGGGUACAACAAAAUCAUAAGCCAUGUUUUGAAGAUCAAGUGAAUCUGACAUCCAUGUCCUCAGCCGUGCCAUUGCUAUCUGUGGGUAUGUUGGCUGGCAUGGGUGAGGCAAUAACGAAUGCAGCAUUCGAUUGGGUUGCCAGUAGGCCUGAUGCAGUCAUAGCCGGCGCAAGGAUUGGCUGUUUUCUGAAUGACAUCGCGGCAUAUAAACGCGGAAAGAACAGUGGGGACGUCGAGAGCUCUGUGGAGUGUUACAUCCAUGAGCAUGGAGUUACAGAUGAGCAAGCCUUCACAGUAAUCUAUUCACUCAUAGAGGAUGGGUGGAAAACCACGAAUCAGGCUCGCUUUGAUCACGGUGCACUACUCCCACCAGUGCAGCGGGUUGUCAAUGCGGUUGUUAGCAUGCAACUCUACUACGACAAUGGAGGAGAUGCAUACACAUUCAACAUGCACAUUCAAGAGAUCGUCAACAAACUGUUUCUCGAGCCCAUUCCUAUGUAA